AUGGCCAGCAUCCAAGAGCAGCUUAAGCACAUCCGUACCACCAAUGACGACUGGUAUGACGAGCACCGACGGAUCCUUGGCGAAUUGGCCGAGUUGUCCCGCCGGGCGACGCCUAACCCUCCGAGCCAGUCUACGACGCCGCAACCCGAGAGAUCGAACGGCACCAGCAGCAGUCCGGACGAGCAGGGGAUUGAGGAAGGAUUCUCUUGA